AUGGCAGCACGAGCUGAGAAGUCUGAACAGCUCGUCAACUCUAUCGGCGACACAAUCCUGGGGGGCAUGAAUACCUCCUCUCCUCCAGUGGUAAUUAACACCAAGUCUGUUGCCAUGACACUUCAGAAGGUUGCUGGUAGUCAAGCCGCUGCGGGGAACUUCACCACUAGCUCGACUACGAUCAAAAUCAACGGAGCUCUGGCGACAACGGAACCCGUUAAUGUCAAGCUGGUAGCAAUGGCAGACAACGCAUUCAAGUACGCUCCGGGCGGAAGUAACGUCACUUCCGGAGUUACUACAUUCGAGAUGAAGACGGACUCGGGACAGAUGGCAGCACUGGACGGUGGCUUCGUCGAGGCCGAAGUCGGAGCAGCAAUGAAAUUUGAAGAAACUCAAGCAAACAUGGAAAACAUGACCACCGACAACGGGAUCUCUCAAACCAUCGCCAUCCAAGACGCCGCAAUCUUGUUGUCCUUCGACAUUCCUCCUGACCAGACGCUGGUUUUCCUAGGCAAGCUGGACGGAGAAGCUACGAAGCAGAGUUAUGAUUUUCGGUUCGUUGUGUCGUCUGCUGUGGAAAGUUCCGACAAAAAUAUCGACGUGAACGAAGAAUUUGAUAAUGGGACGCUGGUGAUAGUCGUACCACAAGAGGCAUUAGGGACAGCACAAAAACUUGGCUUGUCGGUUCUUUUGGCCGAGGAAUCAGCCACCUCAUCAGGUGGCGGAAGUAGCAGGCGGCUCCUAUCGACAGGCGGCAAUGGUACCCUGAGUAUGCGGUCCACUGCAAUCACCCCUUCCUCAUAUAAUCGUACAUCUAAAUCAUGGGGUUCGCCAUCAGGUCUUAAGAUUAAAGGCGCCUCUAAAUCCAACAAGGUGGUUUUCAAGAGCAACUUCUUCGGCUCAUUUGCUGCGGGCCUGUUCGUCCCACCUAACACAAUAGACUUCGGCAAAGUGUUCGGGAACUUCAGCGCCCUCCUCGCGCAGGCGCCGCACGUGCUGAUAGUGAUGAGCUCCCUGGUGGCGCUGUAUUUCUUACUGUUUAUAUGGGCGAGGAGGAAGGACAAGCAAGAUAUGGAGAACUGGGUUCACCAUCAUCUGUUGGAAAACCAGCGCUGGGAUCAGCAGCACUAUCUUCUCAGUGUUUUCACCAGUUCCAAGUCCCCCAAGCACACUACAGCCAUUCCAUACGUAAUAUUGUAUGGCACUGAGGGAAGAACGAAACCGAAAGUACUCCUGGAUCGCAGUAGGGAGAAUUUCAAAAGCGGCAAAGUGUGUAACUUUGUCCUGAGUACCCCGCGGUCGCUGGGCAGAUUAACCCACCUCCACGUGUGGCACUGCCAGGUAGAUGACGCCUCCAGCUGGCACCUGGACAAGAUAACAGUCUAUGACGUCACUACCAAGGACAGAUAUCUUUUUCUCUGUGACGAGUGGCUCUCCAUAUGCAAGGACGACGGCAACACCGACAGGCUGCUAACAGCUGCGGACGAGACGGCCCUGGAAGACUUCUCCUUCCUCCUUAGCAACAACGCCAAGAAGAAAAUAUUCGACGACCAUUUAUGGUUUUCCGUUGCCAAGCGACCGACGCCCAGCCGUCUCACGAGAGUUCAGCGGCUGACCACGUGCUUGGCUGUUCUGUUUUUGUGUAUGAUAUCGAACGCUAUGUUCUAUACUGAAAACGAAGACAAGGGAAACGGCAUCGCCAUCGGCCCCAUUGUGAUCACGUUCAGACAGGUGUAUGUUGGUCUGAUUGCCAGUGUUCUCGUGGUCCCCCCUACCUUUAUCAUGUUGGAAGUUUUUCGGCGGAGUAGACCUAGAAAAACCGACAAGUCAAUUUUCCCGUAUAAAGCAGACAAAUGGGCUGUGGCAAGGAAGGCCCUCGUGCCAGAGGAGAAGGACGAGAAGAUGUUCAAAGCAGUGGAAAACGUGCUAGCAAUUCACAAGGAAGCCAAAACCAAGGACGACAAAUCUGACCUCGUCAAAGCUAUUGCUGAAUUUGAUGAGAUGAUGCGCGAGUCCCCUCCACCGCCACCCGAGACGCCCGCAAAGCCUCCCAACCCCCCUCGAAAGCCUGUCAGGUUUCCUUGGUGGUUCGUCGUGUUCGGGUACAUCCUGGCAUUUGUGGCAGUGUUUACGUCAGCAUUCUUCACGUUAUUGUACAGCCUCGAGUGGGGGGCGACCAAAUCAACCAAUUGGCUUCUUGCUCUCUUCUUCGCUCUUGGCGAGUCGGUCUUAGUAGUACAGCCUUUACAGGUACUGCUAUUGGCUCUGAUUAUGUCCAUUAUCAUGCGCAUGCCCGGAGACGACGAGACCGACGAUGAUUUUGUCAUAGAAGAACACGUGCUUUUACCAUAUAAUUAUACCAUCCCGAAAGCCGUCUUUGUCCCCAUGGCGGACACCACGAUAGACGAAGAGGAAAUCAAAAUGAGAAAACUACAGAAGAAACAUGAACAAAAACUGUCCGGGGUGGUGAACGACAUCGCGGUGCAUCUUGGGUACCUGUUUCUGUUACUGGUGAUCUGUUUUGCCAACAGAGAUCCCAACUUCUUCUUGCAGAAUGACAACUUGAGGAAUAGCCUUAGUUUAGAUGAUGGUACCUUCAGUGAGAUUCAGCGAAUGGAGACCAUAUUUUCCUGGCUAAAUGGGACCAUUUUCCCGGCAGUUUUUCCUGACACAGACUAUACGGGGGCCGCCUUGGAUGCCUACGACCAACAGUUCCUUCAUGACAUCUACGCCCUCAGACUUGGACCACUGCGCCUGCGCCAACACAGAGUGGUACAGGGUCAUUGUACCGUUAUACCACACAUGACAAAUCUGUUCAACUCCUGCAACACUGACUACUCAUUUGAACGCCAAGACAAGGUGAAUUACCAGCCAGGGUGGGAAGCAGGCCUUAACGCUGGCGUGGAUGCGUCCGCCACAGCAUUUAACCACACAUCUCCCAAUGGCGACAAGGACCUCUGGGUAUCUGGGUUGUUCAGCCUUUACGACGGCGGUGGAUACGCCGUGGAAGUCAAUUCCCUAGCGGAAGGAAUCACGGUUCUGAACACGCUUCUGGCCAAUAACUGGAUCGACCGCCUUACUAGGGUGGUCUUUGUGGAAUUUACCAUAAAUAAUAUGAAUGUGAAUGUAUUUUCAAUGGUUCGAAUCAAACUGGAACUGCCGGCCAUCGGCGGGAUAUUCGUCACGAGGGAGCUCGUGAGUUUCCGGCCAUACCCGUAUGUAAAUCCGUUCGAUUUCAUCCUGUUGGUGAUUCAAGUCAUAUGGGCUAUUGUGGUCUUCUACCUCCUCGUGAAGGAGAGCAUUUCCAUGUUCAAGAAAAGAUCGAAGUACUUCAAAGUCCUGUGGAAUUAUGCGAUACUGAUAGACUUGCUGUUCGCCGUGGCCAGCAUGGUUUGCUUUGUCCUGAGAACCGUUUAUGUCAUCCGUUCCGUCGAAGAUGUGAAAAAUAAUAAUGGUCAUUUCGUUGGUUUCGAUCUCGUAGCCAACUGGGAUUUCGGGUACUCUCUCACCAUUGCCAUCAGCCUGUUCGUGGCCACGUUACACCUCUUCCGACCCCUCUCCUUCCACAAGCUACUGUCUAUCCUGAGCACAACCCUGACCAGGUCAUUCCUGGACCUUCUCUCCUACGCCGUGAUUUUCAUCAUCUGUCUUUUCACGUUCGGACUGACGCUGAUGGUUAACAGUGGAAGCGUUUUGGCAGCGUUCCGAGCCAUUGCCUUCGCCAUGUUUAAUCUCUUCGGCGUGAUGUUGGGGGUGUUGAAAUACACCGACGUCAUCACGGAGGAGACGUUCUUGUUGAAAGUGUUCUUCUUCAUCUUUACAAUGAGCAUGAAUUUCAUGCUUCUCAAUAUGUUUAUAUCUAUCAUCAAUGAUACGCUGGCGGAAGUACCUGUCUAA